CCGAGCUCUCGGCCAUGGCUUCCUUCUUCACCUCCGAAACCCCUCAUUUCUUCAAGAUUAUUCUCCACCAGAAUCUGAUCGAAGGAAAGCUGGAACUUCCGAAGAAGUUCGUGAUGAACAAUGGCGGCUCUCUGUUACAAAGGACGGCCAGUUUAAGGCUUCCGAGCGGCGCAAAGUGGGAGGUGGAAUUGAAGAAAUCGGACGGCAAAGUCUGGUUCGGAAGAGGCUGGCCGGAAUUCGUGGAGUUUUACUCUGUGAAAUUGGGAUAUUUCGUGGUUUUCCGCUACGAAGGAAAUUGCUGCUUCAACGUCGUCAUAUUCGACCUCAGCGCCACGGAAAUGGAUUAUCCGGUUCCGCUGAAGCGGAUUUUCAAUCGGCGUAACAGAGGUUUCGAUCGACGGCAGCCGCUUCUCGUCCCGAAAAUCGAAGACGAAGAAGAUGACGACGACGACGGCUCUGUUCGAAUGUUGAACGGCGUUUCGCGGAAGAGAAUGAGAGAGAGAGAUCAAGAAGCACCUGUGUAUUGUUCUCUGCGCAAGAUGAAGAAGAUGAUGAGGCAGACCGUGAAGAUCAAGCGGCGAUUCACUACGCCUCAACGGUUCAACGAUGAUGGAGACGAAGAAGAAGAAGAAGAUGAAGAAGAAGAAGAAGAAGAUCUGGAGAUGAACUACUCACGAAGACAGAACAAUUACAGAGCCUCAAAUCACAGAAGCGGCGGACGAUUCAGUCCAGAAUCGAUGCGACCAGAGCAACCUCCAAGGAUUCCGCAGCCAUUAACAGAGAAUCAAGAGCGGCUUCUGAGGAGAGCGAGUGCGUUCAAAUUCGCGACGCGGAAUCCUUCAUUCAUGGUGACGAUGAGGCCAUCGUACAUCCAAACAGGAAAUUAUCUGAGCUUGCCGAGAAGCUUCGCGGAGAGAUACCUGAAGGAAUCGGUGGAUGUGAAGCUGGAGGCCGCCGACGGGAGGAUUUGGAGCGUGUGGUGCGGCGUGCGGUGGGCGUUCACGCGGCGGCGGACGGAGCUGAAAGCCGGCUGGAAGAACUUCGCGGUGGAGAAUGAUUUGCAGGAAGGCGACAUCUGUGUCUUCGAAUUGAUCAACAGAUCAACCACCAAAGUUUUGUUCAGAGUUACCAUUUUUCGCCGCCCGGAUAAUUAAAUUAGAUUAAAUUAUUUGCGUUUUUAGAAAUGCUCAGAAUUCGGUACUACAAAUUUGGAUGUUUAUUGAUUU